AUGCUGCAGCUCCUCAGUCUUUAAAGACCUCGACGCAUUCAUCUCUCAGCAAAAGUUCCUUGACCACAAACAGGAUCAGACUCGAGAUUCAAGUGCAGAGUCAUCAUCGUCAUGAUUAUCCGAGUAGCAGGGUUCGAGACGAGAUAAUAGAACUCUCCUCCACUCUCCAAUCAUAUACUUGGAAAGGCUGGCCGUUGGCAGGCGCCACUAAUCGUAUCGCGCAACAGCCUGCAUGAUACACAACAGGCACAAGAUUGCUCAGAAGCAUCUGACGAAGCAUUUAUCUCGUCACAGAUCCAAGGUGCCAGGAGCGGUAUCCGAAAGUUGCGACGUGGGAUGUUGUCGUAGUGGUAGUACUUGAGACAGGGCCGGUAGUUCGUGCGAGUAUGCGCGAGAGGGUUGAAAGGACUCUGAGACAGGGCCGGUAGUUCGUGCGAGUAUGCGCGAGAGGGUUGAAAGGACUCGCCCUACUCAGCCCUUCCUCCAGUCAAGUUUUGUUGGUGAGUGUAAAUAUAACUUGGCCUACAACCGGAAGGCACGUGACUCGCUGUUUGUUCUUUCUGGUUGCUAUUUUGGCUCUCCAUUCUCUUCAUCUCUAUCUGCGCCAUUGGAACCAUAUUCUGCUGUCGGAAUGUUGUCGAUACUGCGGAAAGCGCGUCUCAAGGACAAAGAGAUGCGAAUUUUGAUGCUCGGACUGGACAACAGCGGCAAAACAUCGAUAGUCAAGAAUAUUAUGGGCGAGGACAUCAACACAGUUUCUCCGACUCUCGGCUUCAUCAUCAAAACAAUCGACUACGACGGGUACAAGCUGAAUAUCUGGGACGUCGGCGGACAGAAGACGCUCCGGACAUACUGGAAGAACUAUUUCGAGAAGACGGACACGCUCAUCUGGGUGGUAGACGGCACAGAUCGAGAACGGAUUGACGACUGCCGACAAGAACUAGAGGGUCUUCUCCUGCAAGAGCGGCUGAUGGGAGCGAGUCUACUCGUGUUCAAGAAUAAAAGUGAUGUGGCAGGAUGCAUGAGCUCGGAAGAGAUACGCAAGGCCUUACGACUCGACGCAAUUCACACGCACAGGUGGAACAUUAUGGAGUGCAGUGCAUUGACUGGAUUGAACCUUCAGGAAGGCCUCCAAUGGGUAGUGCAGGAUGCCAAGGACCGGCUCUUUUUGUACUGAGGUGCAGGGACGCUCGGUUUCGAAUAUUCUAUAGGAGAGAUGGAAGACGAUUAGAGGGCAGAUCUGGGUUACGAAGGACCCCUGAUUGGAAGCAACAGAUAUGACGACGAUCAAAAUAUAUGAUGUGUCGGAAGAUUGGCUGCAGACAAGGCCUCGGUGGCUGUUUCAAAAGAGAUCUGAGAAGGGAGAGACGGCAGGCUUGGCGCGUUUAAACAGGUGCGGCCGGGACG